AUGUCUGGAGCUCUUGGUGUGGAGCCCAUCGCCAUCGUCGGCUCUGCCUGCCGCUUCCCGGGAGGCGCCUCGUCGCCCAGCAAGCUCUGGGGCUUGCUGAAUGAGCCGAGGGAUGUGGUCAAGGAUUUUAAAUCGUUCCCCAUCAGGCCAAACCUGGACUCGUUCUACAGCGCCAAUGGCGAGCAGGCCGGGAGAACCGAGGUCCAGAGUAAGGCAUACAUCCUGGAGGAAGACCCCACCGUCUUCGACGCCGCCUUCUUCAACAUCAGCCCGCUGGAGGCUGCUGGUAUGGACCCGCAGCAACGCAUCCUGCUAGAGACGGUCUACGAGUCCCUCGAGGCGGCGGGAUGGCCACUGGACCGCAUCCAAGGCACGGCGGUUGCCGUGUUUGCCGGCUGCAUGACCAACGACUAUUACGACAUCCAAGUCCGCGAUCCCGAGACCAUGCCGCGGUACAACGCCACGGGGACCACGAGAAGCAUCCUCGCCAACCGCAUCUCGUACGCGUUCGACCUCAAGGGACCUUCGCUGACCGUCGACACGGCUUGCUCGUCGUCGCUCGUCUGUCUGCACCUCGCCGUGCAGAGCCUGCGCAAUAGGGAGUGUGAGUCGGCCAUCGUAGUCGGCAGCAACCUCAUUCUGGACCCUACUAUGUUCCAGGCCGAGAGUAGCCUCCACAUGCUGUCGGAGGACUCUCGCUCGCGCAUGUGGGACGCCGGAGCCAACGGGUACGCCCGGGGAGAAGGCUUUGCCUCUCUCGUGCUCAAGCCGCUGUCCCGGGCCGUGACAGACGACGACCACAUCGAGUGCGUCAUCCGGCAUACCGUCGUCAACUCAGAUGGACGCACCACGGGUAUCACGAUGCCGAGCCCCGGAGCGCAGGCGGCCAUGAUACGCAGGGCCUAUCUCGACUCGGGCCUCGAUCCGGUGGCUGACCGGCCCCAGUUCUUCGAAUGCCACGGCACGGGAACCUUGGCGGGCGACCCUGUCGAAGCCCAGGCUGUCCACGAUGCGUUCUUCCCUCCGGGACAUCGGGAGAACAGCAGCAGCAGCAGCAGCUUGUUGGAUGCCGAUGCCCAGGCCAAGUUGUUCGUUGGCUCCAUCAAGACCGUCAUCGGCCACCUCGAGGGCUGUGCGGGCAUCGCGGGCAUUUUGAAAGCCUCGCUCGCCAUUCAACACCGCAAGAUCCCGCCUAAUAUGCUCUUCAACGAGCUUAAUCCAGCCAUCGCCCCGUUCUACGGCCACCUUGAAAUUCCCACGAGAGCCGUACCCUGGCCGCCGGUGAAGAAGGGUCCCCUGCGAGCCAGUGUCAACAGCUUCGGCUUUGGCGGGACAAACGCACAUGCAAUCCUCGAGAGCUUUGAACCGGGCACCAACACAGCGGCCCUUCCUCAGAACACGUUUCAACAAGAUGAAAUCUCUGGUCCCUUUGGCCCCUUUGUCCUCUCAGCGCAGACAGCGGGCUCUCUUUCUGGUGCGGUCGUGCGGCUCAUGGAGUACCUCCAAGCCAAUCCCGACGUGAGCCUGUCGGAUGUGAGCGCCAUGUUGCAGCUCCGGAGAUCCGUCUUCCCGCUCAAGACAUUCUUUUCCGGGACGAGCCGCGAGGACCUCAUCCGGACGAUACAGCAGCAUCUGGCCGAAGUCGACAGCGGACGCAAGCCCAUCGGAGUCAACGCGCGGCUUGUCUCGCAGCCGCCCGAGGUGCCCGGCACGCUCGCCAUCUUCACCGGACAGGGCGCGCAGUGGCCUGCCAUGGGCGCCGGCCUGUUGCGGUCCUCCAGCGUCUUCCGGAGCGCCAUAGAGGCCUGCGAGCAGGCUCUGGCGACGUGUCCAGACCCGCCAUCCUGGUCCCUGAAGGACGAGCUGAUGGCCGAGGGCUCACGGUCGCGCGUGUCGGAAGCCGCCCUCUCGCAGCCGUUAUGCACCGCCGUGCAGAUCGGCCUCGUCGACCUUCUGCGUGCAUGCCGAGUGAGGCUGGACGCUGUCGUGGGGCAUUCGUCUGGCGAGAUUGCUGCCGUGUACGCCGCCGGCAUCAUCUCGGCUACGGACGCGAUCCGGAUUGCAUACUACCGCGGGCUCUACGCCAAGCUGGCACGCGGCACGCACGGCCAAAAGGGGGCCAUGCUGGCGGUGGCCAUCCCGUAUGAUAACGCGGUCGACUUCUGCCAAGAGAGCGCCAAUGCGGGCCGGCUUGCUGCCGCCGCGAGCAACUCGCCGUCCAGCGCUACCCUCUCGGGAGACCGGGAGGCCAUCGACAGGGCUAGAGAGCACUUCGAGAAGCACAAGAUCUUCGCGCGGCCGCUGCGUGUCGACACGGCCUACCACUCGCACCACAUGGGCCCCUGUGCCGCUCCGUACCUGGAGGCGCUGAAGAAUUGCAAUAUCACGGUCAAGCCCCCACGCCCGGAUUGCGUGUGGAUCUCGAGCGUCUACGGCGACAUCGGCCUCCCCGACGGCGGCAGCCUGGACUCCCUGGAGUUGCUCAGCGCAGAGUAUUGGGUGCAGAACAUGGUCCAGCCCGUCCUAUUCUCGCAGGCAUUGCAGACAUCUCUCUGGGCCGGCGGUCCCUUCGACCUGGUGGUGGAAGUCGGGUGUCAUCCGGCACUCAAAGGGCCGUCCAGCCAGACCAUCCACACUUCUUUGGGUACGACAGUGCCCUACACGGGCGUGAUGGCCCGCGGCGAGAACGACCGCAAAAGCUUCGCAGAGGCGCUCGGCGCGGUCUGGCAGAUCCUCGGCCCAUCCGCGGUGGACUUUGACGGGUACAUCAAGGCGUUUCAGCUGCCGGGUUUCAGCCCGCCGCGAGUCGUGAAGGACCUCCCGACGUAUGCGUGGGACCACGAGAAGUCGUACUGGAGGGAGUCCCGCAUCUCUCGCCGGUACAGACGGGCGGCGAACAGGCCGCAUCCGCUGCUCGGCCGGCGCAUGCCGGACGAUUCGGACACCGAGAUGCGCUGGCGGAAUGCCAUCUUCCCGGCGGCCGGCUAUGUCUCGAUGGCGCUGGAGGCGGCCAUGGCGUUCGCGGCCGGGAAGAGCAUCCGCCUUAUCGAGGUGCUGAACCUGAAGAUGAGCCGCGCCCUGGUGGUGGAAGAUGGCUCGGCCGGUGUUGAGGUGCUCUUCUCCAUGUCUCGGUGUCCCACCCCGUCACCGGGCGAGCCCGACGUCGUGCUCGCCGAAGUCACUUGUCAGAUAUGCACGGACGAGACGUCGGGAGAGCUGGUGCAAAACUGUUGCGGCAAGGUCGCCAUCUACCUUGGGCCACCUUCCUCCGGCAGCGCCCAGCUCGCUGCCCGAUCGCUGGCACGUCCUAAGCUACGGCCCGUGGAUCUCGAAGCCUACUACGACUCGGUCGAGCGACUGGGCCUCACCUAUCACGGCCACUUCCGGGGCCUUGUCGCCGCGGAGCGGACCCUCGGGCAUUCCAGAGCCUGGGCUGCUUGGCCGCACGGGGUCGACGUCGACUUCGGCAACGUACCACACCCGGGAUGCCUGGACACGGGGUUCCAGUCGCUGUUUGUCGCCUACGGGUCGCCGACAAGCGACCAGCUGUGGGCUCCGUACCUCCCCGUCGAGAUCAAGCGCUUCAGCUUCGAUCCGCACGUGGACUACCGGUGUGGGGAGGAGGGAGCGAGAAUGGAGCUCGAAGCCUUCGUCACGCAUGGCUCGGCCAAAGUGCUGCAGGGGGACGUCCACUUCUUCACCGAGGAGGGCGGCGGCCGCUGCGGCAUCCAGGUCGAGGGCAUUGUGCUCCACUCGUUCACGGAGCCCAAGCCGUCCAACGACAGGCUGCUCUUUACCCAGACGCUCUGGAAGUCCGACAUGCUGGGCGGCUGCCUCGACGCCGAGCUUGCGCGCGCGGCGGCCUCGGCACCACACGAUCCCGAGCUCAUGGAGGCCAUCGAACGGGUGGCGUUAUACUACUUCUGCCGCCUCUCGGCCGCGAUCCAGCCCGACGAGGUGGACAGUAUGAAGUGGCAUCACCAGCAGCUGCUGAAAGUCGUGCGGAUGAGGAUAGCGGAGAUCCGCGACGGAGCGGACGCCGUCGCCAAGCGGGAAUGGCUGGAGGACACGCGCGAAGACAUCGAGGCGCUCGUAUGCAAGUUUCCGGGGCAAAUCGACCUCCGGCUCGGCUCGGCCAUAGGGGACAACCUCAUCGACAUCGUGCGCGGUAAGACGGAGGCGCUGCAGGUGAUGAUGGAAGACGACAUGCUGGGCUGCCUGUACAGCGACGGCUGCGGCUUUGGCUUUCUGAACAACUUCCUCUCGCUCGCAGCAUCACGCAUCACGCACAAGCACCCCCGGAUCGACAUCCUGGAGAUUGGCGCCGGCACGGGCGCAGCCACGCGCCGAGUGCUGGAUGUCAUCGGGCAGUGCUACGCGUCUUACACGUACACCGAUAUCUCGGCCGGCUUCUUCGGGAAGGCCGCCAGCAAGUUCUCGGACCACGGCGGCAAGAUGAGCUUCCGAGUGCUCGACGUCGAGAAGCCGCCCGGCGAGCAGGGCUACGCGGAGCACUCGUACGGUCUCGUACUGGCCUCCAACGUGCUGCACGCGACCCGGAGCUUGCGAGAGACGCUACGACACACCAGAUCCCUCCUGAAGCCGGGCGGAUAUUUACUCUUGGCCGAGGUCACGGGGGAGCUUCUCCGCUUCCUCCUCCUGAUGGGCUCGCUGCCCGGCUGGUGGCUAGGCGUCGACGAGGGCCGCACCACGGGACCGGGGUCCUCGCUUCUCGCCUGGGACCAGGUGCUACGCGAGACGGGCUUCGCCGGCGUGGACAUCAGCGCCAUCGACAACCGCGACCCCAAGAUCCACUCCUUCUCGGUCAUCGUCAGCCAGGCAUUGGACGACGACUUCGCCCUCAUCCGCGACCCCUUUUCAUGGAUCCCGGUGGCCGGUCCUACUACUACUACUACGACGGGCUCGCUUCUCAUCAUCGGUGGCAAGACGCUCGCCACGGCAAAGCUCAUCCAGCAAACCCAGAAGCUGCUGCCGUUUUCCCGCAGCAGCACAGUGGUCGUCGAUAGCGUCGACCGCAUCCAGGGCCGGCACGUGGCCGCCGCCGCCGCCGCCGGUACAUGCGCAGUGCUAUGCCUCGCCGAGUUGGACGAGCCCAUCUUCGCGGCCGGCGGCGUGAUGAUGACGGACGAGCGGAUGCACGCGCUCCAGACGCUCUUCGGCAGCGCCGGCAGCAUCCUGUGGGUGACGGAGGGCCGCCGGCUCGGCGGCGAGCCCCUGGCGAACAUGACGGUGGGGCUAGCACGGGCGCUGCUGGAGGAGCUGCCGCACCUGACCCUGCAGCUUCUGGAUGUCGAUGAUGGGAAGGAGACGCUCAAGGCGCACGGGCUGGCCGAGGUGUUUCUGAGACUGCUGGUGUCGACCGAGCUGGAGAAUAAAACGGGGAGGAAGGGGAAUGGGAACGGGAUGAUGCUGUGGACUAUUGAGCCGGAGCUUUACUACGACGGGCAGGCCAUCCACAUCCCGCGCAUCGUGCUCGAUCGCCCUGCCAAUGACAGGGCCAACGCGUCGAGACGCAGGAUUGCACGGCAGGUGGACUUGAACGACGAGACGGUGGAGAUCCGGCCGGGACAAGGGGGCCUGCGGCUGGUCGAGAACGGGAACUGUGGGUCAGCGCCGGAGCAGCAGGAGCAGCAGCACGGCGGCGGGUAUGAGACUAUCAGGGUUCGGUAUUCCAUGGAGCUCCACGCCGAUGAUGUGGCACGCAACGAGGUCUUGUGUCUUGGAGUCUUGGCCGUUCGCGGAGAUGAAGAUGACCAGAAGAUGGUGAUGGCCUUCGCCGACGCACACGCCUCCUUGAUCCGGCCGGCCGCCGACGAGGUGUAUGUCCUCCCGGACCACGAGCGCGGCUGCGCGGAGUUGUUAGCCGCUGCUGCCCGCCAGCUCAUUGCCGCGGCUAUUCUCGCAACACUUGAUCGUCAUCCUGCUGCACUGGCGGUUGUCGUCCACGGGGCGGAUGAAGGUCUUGCCGACGCUGUAGCGCGAAGAAUCAAGGAGCACGACGACCGACGGGGGCGGGGCGAUCUGCACUUCUCCUCGAGCUGCGCCCCGGACGCGCUGCCUGAGGAUUGGCUCAGCCUGCAUCCCAGCAAGACCGCGCACUCCAUCCGGCUCACCCUCCCCAGGGUUUCUGGUUUGUUCAUAGACCUGUCGGGCGAUACGAAGGUGGCGUCACGACUCCCUCCUACGUGGGCCGUCCACCGAUAUGACAGGUUCGCGUCUUCACCGGCUAAGCAGUUGGAUGAUGCCUUCACCCAUGCCGUGAUGGCAGAAAACACGACGCCAAGGGAGAAGCUGAAUAUCCUACCAGUUGAAGAGAUUGCUGCGUCUCCGGGUACUACUACCUUUGUGGCGGCCUGCCCGGCCGUGGUGGACUGGACGACGGCCUAUCAACUCCCCGUGGACAUGGAACCGCUGGACGCUGGGCGGCUCGUCCAUCCAGACAAGACAUACCUGAUGGUCGGUAUGACCAGUGAGCUCGGCUUGUCUCUCUGCCGCUACCUGGUUGUCCACGGGGCACGCCACCUCGUGCUCACCAGCAGGAAUCCGAGUAUCGGUCAGGACUGGCUGGACGAGAUGGCCCGCUACGGCGCAACCAUCCGUGUAUACGCUGUGGACGCCUCCGACAUGCCGUCUCUCCGCUCCGCCGUGGACGAGAUCUCGCAGGCGAUGCCCCCAAUCGCGGGCGUGUGCAAUGCCGCCCUUGUUCUGUCCGACAGGCUGUUCCUAGACAUGAGUGCCGAAGAGAUGCAGGUGCCAUUCCGCGCCAAGGUCCAGGGAACCAAGAACCUGGACGCCCUGUUUUCGAAUACUACCGGCUCGCGCCCGCCCCUCGACUUCUUCGUCUGCUUCUCCUCGCUCGGCAGCAUCACCGGCAAUGCCGGCCAGUCGAACUACCAUGCCGCCAACAUGUUCAUGGCAGGUCUCGCAGCCCAGCGGAGAGCACGAGGGCUCGCGGCCAGCGUCAUCCACAUUGGUCUGGUUGUCGACGUCGGGUAUGUGGCUCGCGCGGGACGGCAGAUAGAGGACCACCUGCGGUCGCGAUUCUAUCUGCCGCUUUCGGAGCCAGACAUCCACAAUGUGUUUGCCGAGGCCAUCCUGGCCAGCAGCCCCGUGUCGGGAAGGGCCGAGAUCAUAUGCGGCAUGGAGCCGUCCAGCAAUGCGCCCGGGGCCAAGCGGACAGCGCCCUGGAUCAACAACCCUCGCUUCUCGCACAUGAUCAUGGAGAGGAGCACAGCCGCGAGCCAGGAGAACGCUACAGCGCAGCAGCAGCAGCAGAGCGUGCACAUACGGCAGCUCAUGGAAGAGGCCCGUGACGACCCCGAAGCGACGGUGCGGCUUCUCACGACGACGUUCCUAGCCAAGGUCGAGAACAUGCUUCAGCUGGCGCGUGGUACGGCCAAGGCAGAGGCGCCUCUGGUCGACCUGGGCUGCGAUUCCCUGUUGGCGGUGGAGAUCAGGGCCUGGUUCCUCACCGAGGUCAACGUCGAAGUGCCCAUCCUGAAGAUCCUCAGCGGGGAUACCAUUGCCGAACUCUGCACCGCCGUGGCCAACCAGUUUGUUGCCGCGCUCGCGGGCAAGCCUGAAGCGGCCACAUCCGACGUCCGCGGCGCAGUCCCAGUUCCCCAGACUUUCGAGGAGCCCGAGCGACCCGUCCCCGCCGGCUCGACAGACCAAGGAACUUACGGAGGCGCAUCGGGCGUGUCGGAGCCGGACACGUCAACGUCAACGUCGAGAACGACGCGUGGGAGCACAUCAGCCGACACCGAGGUAACAGCUAGCCAGGCUCUGCUACAGACCCCCGUGCUUGAGGAAGCGCCUGCUGAACGAGAUCUUGUCAGGUGUGAGCCCAUGUCGUAUGCGCAGGCCCGGCUCUGGUUCCUGAGGACCUUCCUACCCGAUCCAACCACCUUCAACAUUGUCGUUUCGUUCCGGGUGGAAGGCCGCCUUCGCCCUCACCGACUGCGAGAUGCCUUUCAGCAGGUUCUGUCCCGGCACGAGUCCCUCCGUACCUGCUUCUUCACGCAUCCCAUCAGUGGCAGGCCGACCCAGGGCGUGCUACCGGAAGCUCGCGGGGCCAUGGACGUGGUCUCGAGCGGGGGCGAUGCUGCCGUCGUCGAAGAAGUGUUCUCGCGGUAUAAGACGCACCAUUGGCAGCUUGAGCGCGGCGACGCCAUGCACGCGACCUUGGUUUCCCACUCUCCGGAUUCGCACACAUUCGUCCUCGGCCAUCACCACAUUCUGAUGGACGGCACGGCGCUCUACCUCUUCCUGCGAGACCUGGAUCACGCCUAUCGGAUGGCGACCGCGACGCUGCCUCCGGUGUCCGUGCAGCCCUGCGACUUCGCCCGUGCCGAGCGAGAACAGACCACGCCGAGCAAGCUGCGCGCGGAGCUGGAGUACUGGAAGGCCGAACACGCCAGGCUGCCCGAUCUGCUUCCCUUGCUUCCCUUCGCGCGCGUCAAGUCCCGCAAGACGUGCGACACGUGGGACGGCAACACAUGCGGCCACGAGAUGUCGGCCGCGCUGACGGCCAGGAUCAAGACGGCGUGCCAGGGGCUCGGCAUCACGCCGUUCCACUUCCACCUCGCCACGAUCCAGCUGGUGCUGUGCAGGCUGCUCGACAUCGACGACAUCUGCAUCGGCAUCGCAGACGCCAACCGGGCGGACGACGGGCUCGCCAACACGGUCGGCUUCUUCCUGAAUCUCCUCCCACUGCGCCUACGUCUGACUCCGGACAACAAUGGUUUGUGUGAUGCUCGUUUCGCCGACGUCGCCAGGUCCGCCUCGGCCAAGGCGCUGGCGGCCUGCAACCACGCCAGGGCGCCGUUCGACCUGAUACUGGACGCCGUCGGCGCGCCGCGGUCCUCCAGCCACAGCCCCCUUUUCCAGGUGGCCGUCAACUACCGGCCCGUGACGCUCACCGAGGCGCCUCUGGGCGACUGCCGCAUGGUUGUGACGUCGCACCACGACGCCCGCAACCCGUAUGAUCUGGCCUUCAACCUGGUGCAGACGCGGUCCGGGACGACGUGUCUGGUCGAGCUGACCACGCGGGAUUAUCUGUACUCGGCCGAGUCGUGCCAGCUCCUCUUGCGGAUCUACAUCGACGCCCUGGAGCGCCUCUCCACCGAGCCAUACUGCUCCGUCAGCGAGCUGCAGGCCGGGCAGCACGUCAUCUCGGACCAUCAUCCACCCAGCAUCAGCCGCGGGCCUACCGUCGACUUUGGAUGGCCAACCACCCUGGUGGAGCGGUUCGACGAGAUGGCUGCGGCGGACCGUCAUGCACACCACGUCGCGGUGGUUGACGCGGCGGAGCGAGUGACAUACGCCGAGCUAGCGCAGCGCAGCCACCGAAUCGCGGCGUCGCUCUUGGACAUCCUGGAUCAUGCCAGGCAGGGCGCCGCCAUGGCGGUGCUGCUCGAACCCACGGUCAGCACGGUAGCCGCCAUGCUCGCCAUCCUCCGCAUCGGAUGCAUCUACCUCCCCCUGGACCUGAGCAUCCCGCAGGCCCGGCACGCCGCCAUGCUCGAGGACGCCAACGCGGCCGUUCUCGUCUGCGACGAUGCCACGGUCGUCCUCGCGCACCAACUCCUCCUCCAAACCACCAUCGACUCAGAGUCAGACUCAGGAGUACGACCAGUAGUAGACGGCAAAAAGAAACUCAAAAUCCUCAACCUCACCACCGAUCUAUCACUACCAUCACCCCAUCACCAUCUCCCCAUCCACAACGCCUCCUCCUCCGCCUCCACGGCCAACGCCCCUUCCUUUCUCCUCUACACAAGCGGCUCAACCGGCCGCCCGAAGGGGAUCCUCCUAGCCGAGCGCGGCGUGCUCAACUACCUGGCAGCAAAGUCUGCGCGCCUGCACCUCAACGACGAGUCUGAUGUCGUAGUGGCCCUGCAGCAGAGCUCGCUGGGCUUCGACAUGUCGCUCGCGCAGAUGUUCAACGCGCUCGCCAACGGCGGGCGCGUGGUCAUGGCGCCGCGCGCCGCGAGGGGCGAUCCGGUCGCGCUGACGAGGCUCAUGCGCGACGAGGGGGUCAACUUCACGAUUGCUACGCCUAGUGAGGCCGCGCUGUGGUUGCGUUGCUAUGGCCCGACCGAGCUGUCCUGCGCGACGAGCUUCGAGACGGUUUCGCUCGACCAUCCUGAGUGUCAGCCUGUGCUGGAUGACUUCUCGAGUAUUGGCAAGCCCAUUGCCAACACGACGAUUGUCAUCGCCAAUGAGCUUGGCGAGCCCGUCCCCACCGGCUUCCCCGGCGAGAUCUGUGUCGGGGGCGUCGGCGUCGCGCUGGGGUACUCGCCCUCGGCUGCGUUGCACGACGACCGCUUCGUUCCGAACCGCUUCGCCACGGCCGAGGAGCGGGCGGCGGGACUCACCACCAUGUACAGAACCGGCGACAAGGGCCGCCUUCUCCGCGAUGGAUCGCUCGUCUUCAUGGGCCGCUUGGACGGAGACAGCACGGUCAAGCUUCGCGGUCUCCGCAUCGACCUGGACGACGUCGCCAGCAACCUCAUCCGCGCAUCCGGGGGGAGUGUUGUCGACGCGUGCGUGGUGGUUAAGGGGGAGGAGGAAGAGACAGAGCGUCUUGUCGCCUACGUCGUGCUGGCCGAGAACGCGUCGGAAACCGUGGCAGAGCUCGCUCGCGCCAUGAAGAACAUGCAGCUUCCCCGGUACAUGAUCCCUUCGAGGCUCGUUUCCCUGGAUCGCCUGCCGACGAGCGCGAACGGCAAGGUCGAUCGCCGUGCGCUGGCGUCAUUGCCUCUGGCGCUCGUGGAGGACCCGGAGUUCGAGACGAAGCCGCGACGUGAACAGGGGCUGACGCUGCUGGAAGGGCAGCUCAAGCUUAUUUGGGAAGACGUGCUCGGGCAGAGCGCCGACCGGGAACCGUUGGCGCGGGACUCGGACUUCUUCAUGGUCGGCGGUAACUCCCAUCUCAUCGUCAAACUGAGGGCGGCCAUCGAGGAAACGCAGGGCGUGUCUGUCCCGCUCCGAGACCUCUACAGCGCCAGCACGCUCGCCUCGAUGGCCGCCACGCUUGCCGCGGAGCUCGGAGCUCACAAACCGGUCGAGAUCUGCUGGGAGACAGAGCUGGACACCUUGCACGCGCGGUUCCUCGCCAGCGAGGGCGCGUCAAGCGCCGCCGCCGCCGUGCCGCGCAGUCCCCGCCAGCCCAACGAAGAAGGUAUUCAGGUCGUGCUGACGGGCGCAACCUCCUUCCUGGGCAUGGCGAUCCUCAGAGCCCUCCUGCAGCACGACUCGGUCUCCAAGAUCCACUGCCUGGCCGUUAACCCGGACGACCCGUCCCUUCUCCCCACCACCACCACCAACACCACCGCCGCUUCUUCCCCAGACAAAGGCAAGCUGGUCGUCUACCACGGCAGCCUCGCACGCCCAGACCUCGGCCUAGCCCCGGCGGAGUGGUCCGCGCUCGAAGCGAACACAGACCUGAUCCUCCACGCGGGCGCCCACGGCCACUGCCUCAACAGCUACCACUCCCUCGUGGCGCCCAACGUCCACGCCACCCUCCGCCUCGCCCAGCUCGCCCGCGCCGCCGCCGCCGCCCGGGGUGGUAGUAAUGGUGUACCGCUGCACUUCAUCUCGUCUAACCGUGUCGCCCUGCUAGGCGGCGGCACUGCAGCCCUGGGUCCGGUGGCCGUGCCGCAUCACAUCCACCCGCCGCAGGACGAGGGGGGGUUCACCAGCAGCAAGUGGGUGUGCGAGCGCAUGCUCGAGCGCGCCGUCGCCACCACCCCCGCCAAUGAUGAUCAUCGGGAUAGGGGGUCUUCUGUGUGGAAGGUUGUCAUCCACCGGCCGUGUGCGCUGGUGGGCGAGGACGCGCCGGCGCACGACGCGCUGAACGCGCUGCUGCGGUUUGCGCGGCGCAUGCGGGCCGUGCCGGACACUAGUACUGCGAAUAUGGCCGGGUGGUUGGAUCUCAAGUCUGUCGACGAGGUGGCGGCCGAUGUGGUUUCGGAUGCGAUGCGCGACGCUCUGAGUUAUGCUACUACUAGUAGCACUAGUAGCGGUGGUGGUGGUGGUGGUGGUAAUAAAGAUGAUGAUGACGGUGAUACUCAAAGGGAGAAAGAAGGAGGAGGAGGACCAGGAGGAGCGGUGGUGAGGUUCAGGCAUCAUACCAGCGGGGUGAGGGUGCCAGUGGCCAGGUUCAGAGAACGCAUGGAGGAGCUGUAUGGCGGGCGGUUUGAGGAACUGGAGAUGGGGGAGUGGUUGGAGCGGGCGAGGGGCUUGGGGUUGGAGGAGCUGAUUGUGAGUUAUUUGCAGAGUUUGAUGGACAAGGGGGAGACGGUUGUGUUUCCUUACAUGGGCGAGGCUGAUUCUUCGUGA